AAAUAUUAGUGAUAUAUACAAGAAAGCACUUAAUAAAGCAUUGCAAAGCAAAGAAAAAUCUCAAGAAUUAAUGGAAAUGCUUCAAGAUUUUGUAAAAAAUAAUAUUGAUGAUUGGUCAGAUUUAGAAGAUAUGCAGUAG